UUGAAACAUCCUGUGCACUAUCGUCUCAAACCCCUCACUUUCGGCGAUCUGUGGCACCAGGCUGACAUCGACGGAAUGGUACGUCAGCGGCUCGACUUGGGAGUUCUCCACGACAAGAUUCUCAACCACGAUUGCCCGUCGUUUGAGAUGUUCAAGGCCAACUUGCAUCGCCUUGCUCACGUUCCACGGCAACGCCAAGGAGAAAAGCCGCACACGGUGGUAAGUAAGUCUUAUGGUAGGUCCUGAGGCGCCCUUCAUGCCCAGCAGCGCUGGGUUCAAAAACAAGGCUGCGCACCACAACAACCUCUUCACCAAGGUCAUGGAAACGUCCGAGUUGAGCGAGAUGAUUAUCGUGAACUUGAUUUGCAGAUACCAGGACCUUCUCAACUUCGGCGCCAGCAGUCAAUCCAACCUCAAUCUCAUCAUAAGCUUCUUUACGUAUUGGAAUACGACCAAACGUGAAUUCCUUGGAUGCGAGCUCGGCGAGCGGAAGAAGCAGGCCAUGGUUGAACGUGGCGAGAUCACCCAAGAACAGGCAAACAAGAUGACCCCUGGCAAGUACGUCGUGGUUGGCCCUAUUCGAGUGGAGGACUCGCGCGACUCAAAGAUUCCGGUGAGAACCAACGGGCAGCUGCUAGAUCCGUAUGGUACCUUCGUCCCUCAGCGUUAUGCCACCGCGCGCUCCGAUUUAGAGGCUACUCUCAUGUUUUGUAAGUCGGCUUCCGAUUUGAGAAGCAAGAGAGAUGUAAUCGCUAACUUUAUUCUCGACAUGUGUCUCCAUCUGUAUGGCCGACACAUACGCGUUCUCUUCAUUUACGAACAGAAAUUCCUUGAUGUUGAUGGCGUCAGAGCUCUUCUCAGGGCGUGUCCAAACCUGGAGAAGCUGUGUAUCCACCAAUGUGCCAAUAUCCACCUUAGCCACGUCAAGCCCAUCUUGGAACAUGUUGUCGAGUUCAACGAGAUCCGAUAUGAGAAUGGCUCCAACCUGCCGGGCCUGGAGGUCGAUAUCUCGCCUCGAUACCAUAUUGGUACUCCCGAGGAUGGAUCGUACGGCGUCUUCUGGCAAGAUCAAGGGCAGGUCGACAGCCUUGGUGGUAUUGUCGCUCACUCAUGGGUCUAAUCCCGUAUGCUAAGGAGCACAGCAUCGACCUGAUUUCUCGUGGAAAGGGCUUCCGACUCUGGCUCGAGAAGAUGCCUUUUGUACCAGGCACGCUCCCAUGGAUUCUGGAGGACAUUCACCACAUCAUGGACUUUGAGAAGGAUGGUGCGAAGCAAGCUAAGGC